GUGCCUAAAAUAUAGCGUUGUUAAAGCAUUUAAGUUAUUACAGGUACGGUUUGGUCCCUUUCGGUGUCCGUAGGAUAUUUACGACAAUUUCGACAAGUUUACAGGAUGCACGAAAGACUUCUUCCACCCUCUCCAAACUGGUACUGCUCACGAUGCAGUGAUACUAACGCUAAAGGAAUACUAGGGUUUGGAGCAAGAAACUCAAUAUACUUAGUACAAGUGACAGCAGCAUCACCAAUAAUAUUGGGAGAACUAUCUGGGCACAAGGAGCGGGUGUCAGGCUUUGUUUUCAGUCCUCACCAUGGAGAAGAGAGCUUUUGUGCGAGCACAUCCGAUGAUAAGACUGUAAAAAUCUGGGACAUCGAAAAGAGGGUUGUGGUAUCCGAGCACAACGCCCAUGAGCACACCAUCACAGCAGUGGACUGGUCUCCGAAGGAGAAGACCCUGGUGGUGACGGGAGAUGAGAAGGGUGUGGUGAUGUGCUUCUGGCACAACAGUAUCAACGUUCACAGCUUCAUGCCACAGCCCCGUGCCAUCUUCUGCCUGACCUGCUCACCCCACAACGAGAACCACGUCGCCAUUGGAUACAAAGAUGGGCUGGUGGCAGUGAUUGACAUCAGCAAAAAAGGCGCCAUGAUCCAUCGGCUCCGGGGACACGACGAUGAGAUCCAUGCCCUGGCCUGGUGCCCCCAGCCUGGGGAGGAGGGCUUGUACAGCCGGCCUGAGGAUGGGAGAGCGGGUGGAGAUGCAGGAGUGGCUGGGACCGAGCCCGGGGGGGGCGGGGGUGCCGCGGGAGCGGGCUGCUUCCUGGCCUCGGGCAGUAAAGACCAGACCGUGCGCAUCUGGAGCACAGACAAGGGCAAAGGCAUCAUGACCUUCAAACUGCCCUUCCUGAAGAGGCGGGGAGCUGCCGUGGACCCCGGUGUGAAGGAGAGGAUCUGGCUGACCGUUCACUGGCCCAAGGGGAUGCCAACACAUGUGGUCACCAGCUGUUUUGGAGGGGAGCUGGUCUUAUGGGACCUCGCCAGAUCAGAGAAGCCGAAGUGGACUUUGCUGGGCGCAUCAGCAGACAGUCAGAACCACAACCGGAUCGUCUUCAACCUGUCCUCUGCUGUGGUGGAGGACACUGAGCUGCUCAUCAGCACCUCCAUGGACAGAGAGAUUAAGUGCUGGAGCUUGUCGACGCUGGAGUGCUGCUGGUCGUUGCCAACCUUGGGGGGGUUUGUGUACUCGCUCAGCUCCUCGCCAGUGGCCUCGGGGCUGCUGGCCGUGGGGGUCGGGGACAACAUGAUCCGGGUGUGGAACACAAUCACCCUGCACAGGAAGUACGACACCAAGCUCUUCUGGCAAGGCAUCAGGUCCAAAGUCACCGCGCUUUCUUGGCACCCAACGAAGGAGGCCCACUUAGCUUUUGGAACGGACGACGGGAAAGUUGGCAUUUAUGAUGUUUUCUCAAACAAGCCACCUCACAGCUCAAGCACGUACCAUAAAAAGACUGUUUACACCAUCGCCUGGGGUCCCCCUGUCCCACCGCUGUCUUUCGGUGCGGAUAAGCCCUCUUCCAGUCUGUACAGCUGCGGAGGGGAUGGGAUCAUAUUCCAGCACGACCCCUGGAAGCUCGCCGCAGACGCCUCCAACAUCGACAAGCUCAUCUGUGACACCAACCAGAUCAAGCAUAAGCUAUCACCUCAUACUGAUUUCAACUGGAAACCAGAUGGAAAGGUUUUGGCGGUUGGCAAUGAAGAUGGCUCUAUAGGGGUGUUUGCGGCGCCCGAUCUAAAACAGCUGUGCACCAUCGAGCAGCACCAUAAGAUCAUCAACACGCUUCGCUGGCACCACGCCCACAGCAGCUCGCCCGACCUGCACGCCCUCCUGGCAUCCGGCUCCAGCAACGCCAUCAUCUACGUGCACAACCUUCACUGCGCCAUUGAGAGCCCGGGGGAGCAGCCUGUCUCCAUCACGGAGGCCUUCAGGAGUCUGGAGGGACACACGUCCAAGAUCACCGGUCUGGACUGGAGCCCCCACCAUGACGCGCGUCUGGUCACCGUGUGUUACGACGGCACCGCGCAGGUGUGGGACGUCAUGAAGGACGAGCCGCUGCAUAAUUACAGGGGUCACCGAGGUCGGCUGUUGUGUGUUCAGUGGUCAUCCGUGGAACCGGAGCUGGUCUGGACCGGAGGAGAUGACUUCACCGUCCACGAGUGGAGUGUGUCCAAACAGGAGCACACCAAACCCCCCAAAGGGAAACGAGCUCAGCAGUUCAAGGCCAAGAUGAAGAAGAAGAAAAAGCUGACCGGAAAAGGGGGGAUGAGGAUCGAGGACAACGAGUCGCCUGUGGGAGAGGUGGAGAGAGGCGGCGGAGGAGAGGAGGAGGAGAAGAAGGAGAAGAAAGGGAUGAAGAUUGGCUCAGUGACGGAGGAAACGGAGGCUGCUCCAUCCAGCAAUGGAGAGGGGGAGGAGGAAGAGGAGAGGGGCAGCAUCAGCACCACACUGACUCCAGGCCUCCCAGAGUGGCGCAGAGGCUCCUGCAGCAAGGCCUACACCACGGUCUUCACCCCCGAGAGGUUCCACAACGGAGAGAGGGACGCUACUCCGCUCAGAAAGGAGGAGAAGAGGAAGGAGAAACCAGAGUCGUCCUUGAAGAGGAAGAAGCAGCGAUCUCUGUUACCUCUGAGCACCUCCAUGGACCACAGACCCAGAGAUGACCUGCUUAGGGACUGUGUCACGCUAGCCUCAUACACACACACCAGAGAUGAGGUUGUCCAUUGCGUGCCUGGCUCAGGGGAGCACAUCCAGUUAGGCCUGUUCUCAGACAGAGACGCACUGCAGCGGAUGCUGGAGGAGGAGGAGAGGAGCCAUGUGGAGGGAGGUCACUACGAGUCCAUGUUUAACCUGCGGCUGUGGAGGGGGCAGGAGGUGGAGGCUCUGAAGCUGGCCACGGAGAAGGGCGAACUCAACGACUACCUCAUCUCUGUGGCCCCCAUGGCUGGCUUCCGUGUGUGGUUUGAGGCGGUGGAAGCGUACGUGAAGCAGCUGAGUCGGCAGGACCAGCACCUGAAGGCGGCCACUCACCUGCUCUCCAUCGGCAAGUUCUACGACGCCGUCAGCCUCCUCAAGAGCCACCACUUCUACAGGGAGGCCAUAGCCAUGGCCAAAGCGAGGCUGCGGCCGGAUGACCUGGUGCUGGUUGACCUCUACAUGACCUGGGCAGAGCAACUGGAGAGGGAUGGCCACUAUACAGCAGGGGCCAAAUGUUACCUGGCUGUGGGCCGAGACUUUGAUGCGGCUAAAAUCAUUGGGAAGAAGGGGGAUGUGGCAUCUCUGCGGGCGGCCGCCACGCUGGCACGGGUUAGCGGGCACCUGGAGCUCUCGCGAUCGUUCUCCUUGAGGUGUGCCAAGGACCUGGCAGCGGCCCAGGACUGGCGAGGAGCGCAGGAGGUGCUGCAGCACGAGAGUCUGCUGGGGAACCGUCUGCUUUUCAGCGUCAACGAGCUGCUAGUGAGGCGCCUUUCUCAGGUGGGCGUGGUAACCUGGACCCCCGCCUCCACACAUGAUUGGUCCGUUCCCUGUGCCAAGGACUUCCUGCAGGCGGUGGAGGGUGUGUGGCAGCAGGAGUUCGACGUGUCUGCCAGCAGCCCCCACCACCUCAGAAGAGCACAGGAAGAGCUGGGCAAGGCCGAGAACCCCCCCACCACUGCGAACGUCCCCCUCAAACAGCUCCUAUCCCAGGUUGCUUUGGAUGUGUCACUGAGCAUGCUGAGCUGGUUGCUAGGUGAUGGUAGCACAACUCUAGAGCACUUCCUGCGCGCUGUAGUCCGAGGCUCUGAGGCGGCCAACUUUACCCUCAUGGCAGAGACAUGUGUUCUCCUCUUCCCUCGAGGCCUGGACUCUCUGACUCUGUACCCAAACACCCUGGACUCCAGCAGUGAUGAAAGCUCAGCAGUGUUGCGGAGUCUGGAGGCGUUCAUAUGUUACCAGCAGCUCUAUAGAACGUGGUGGGCCGGCGCUGCCCACAGCCCAGCGGUAGCCAUUGCCAGAGAUUCGGACAGUCUUAGCGAACCUCCCAAGAAGGACCUCAACAUACUCCACGAACAAGACUCUGAAAACGGUACGAAUGGUACAAACGGAUCCGUAGGUCCAAAUUCAGCAGCUCGGGGCCAGGAGGAGCUGUGUGGGGUUCUGCUGGAGGUGGGUCGGCGGGUUCUGUCCGAGCCCCACGCCGUGCUGCAGGCCAGUCAGCCGGCCAUUGCCGAGGUCCAGAGGAGGGUGACCGACCUGGUCCAGCAGCACAGCCGUGGGCAGGAGGCUCCGCCGGGCUCAGAGGAGACCCAACACACCUGCCCCAUCUCCGACCAGGAACCACCCUCACAACAACACACCUGCCUCAGCUCCGACCAGGAACCACCCUCAUCGCAACAACAUGAAGGGCCCAGUUCUGGGGCGGAGUGUCUGCCCGCCCUCAUCGCCGCCAUAGCUGAACACAACAAAGCCGUGGCCGAUAUGCCUGAACACGUCAAGAAAUACCCAUUCCCUGAUGUCCUGGAGUGCUGUAUAGUAAUCCUUUAUUUGGCCACUCCCGAACACCCCACCACUGAAGCACUCCGUUUAUUACACAAGUAUGGAGCUUCUCUCCGACCAGCAUGGCAGAGGUUUAUAUAGCCACUGUCUUAUUUAAGGUCUUCAACACCUAUAUGUAUGUACAUGCACAUGUAAUGAUUUUUGUAAUAUAGCUUUUUUUUCAUCUUGACAAAGAAAUGCUAAUACAAUUAUUAAAUAAAACAUUCUACUCACUGCAA